UUGAAUCAGCUCUCACUUGCUAACAAAGCCACCAAUGGAUCCACUAGCGAACAGGCCUUGGUGGCACCGGCUCCCCCAACAUAUGAAGAAGCAACUGCAGGUAUCAGUGCUUCUUGCUACAGUGAUGCUGAGAUGCUCACAGAAUUCACCUGGGAUGAUCGCAACAUCAGGAGAGUUUUCAUUCGUAAGGUGUACGCCAUUUUGAUGGUCCAGCUUUUGGUCACAUUUGCUAUUGUGGCUCUUUUCACAUUCUGUGACCCCGUGAAGGACUACAUUCAGACCAACCCUGGAUGGUAUUGGGCCUCAUAUGCUGUAUUCUUUGUCACGUAUCUUACUCUGUCAUGCUGCUCAGGACCAAGGAGGCAGUUUCCAUGGAAUCUGAUCCUACUCGCAAUCUUUACCCUGUCCCUUUCCUACAUGACAGGGAUGUUGUCCAGCUUCUACAACACCAAGUCAGUGGUGAUGUGCCUGGGAAUCACAGUAGCAGUCUGUCUCCUGGUCACGGUCUUCAGUUUCCAAACUAAGUUUGAUGUCACUUCAUGCCAAGGUGUGCUCUUCACCUUCUGCCUGGUAAUGUUCAUCUCUGGAGUGGUGCUGGCUAUUGUCCUUCCUUUUCAAUAUGUACCUUGGUUGGAUGCCACCUAUGCUGUUCUGGGAGCCAUUCUUUUCACAAUGUUUUUGGCAUUUGACACCCAGCUCCUCAUGGGGAACAAGCGGUACACCAUGAGUCCGGAGGAAUAUGUGUUUGCAACACUUAACAUCUACCUUGAUAUUGUGUACAUCUUCUCCUUCUUCCUCCAAAUCUUUGGAACCAAACGAGAAUAA